AUGGCCACGUUUUUCCUUGUCUUCUUUUUUGGGCAACAGCUUUCUUUGGGGCUGUGGUCUCCGUCUGUUUGGAUAGACAGGUUGUGCAUCCAUCAGACAGAUCUGGAGCUGAAAGCCGAACAAAUCAAGUCAGUGCCCACCUUCGUUGCACGCUCCUCCCGCAUGCUCAUCCUUUGUGACGGAUCUUACUUUGAGAGAUUGUGGUGCAACCUAGAGCUGGCUACUUUUGCUCGGCAUGGAGGUGUGGAGAAAGUUGAUGUGUUGCCUCUCUGGCUUGCUCCCUGGCUGCUCUGCAGUAUCUCCCUCGAACUCCUUUGUGCCAGCUUGAUGGAUGCUUCGCAGCUUGUGUUCCCGAAUUGGAUGUUAGCUUGGGACAAGGGUGUCAUGGGGCUGGCUGCGACACUUGUGGGAGACAACCCAAUCAUUCUGAGGUUUGUCGGAUGGCUUGUCAUUUGGAUGAUUUCCUCAAUCGCCACGCUCCCGGCCUCUAUACCCAGCUUCUUCUCCUUCCGCAUGAAGAUUCGGCAUCACCAACUUAUCCUGGAUCAAAUGGCAGACUUCGACGUCCGGGCGGCAAGUUGCUCUGAGCCUUCAGACCGGGAUGCCAUCGAGAAGCAACUGCAGGAGAUUUUUGGCGACCAGGAGUCGCCCACUCUCGGUUCUGCUGUGGAUGAAGGCGAGGUGAAGGUUCAGCGCUUUGUGAGCUACCAGGCGGACGAGGACCCGCUGGAUCGCUUCAAUGCCUACGUUCGAGGUGUCCUUCGUGACAUUGUCAUGACGCAGAUCGGCGACGAAGUCCAUGUGGCGUGGCCGCUGUGUCUGACCACCUGCCUACCUAUGAUCUUGUAUUCCUCUGUGAAUGUGCUUGGCUGUGAUAGCGGUUCUUGUGAUGAAUCUGCACGGACAGGGGGGUUUACCUCGACGCCCAUGUAUUUCUUGUGCAACACAUUGGGUUGGGCACUCAUCAUCCUAUUGACAUUCCCGCUUACCUACCCAGUCAUGCUCAGGAUGCUGAAGUGCGCUCUGUCCUUCGGCGACGGUCUAGUGCCGCGCUCGGCAGCUUUCUUGUGCUGCUUCCUGGCAUAUGAAUACACCUAUAUUUGUGGCGGCUUGAUCUGGGGCUCAUGGCUUCCUGCUGUGCAGGACCCCUCCGCAACUCAACUCACAGUUUUCCUGCUGGUGAUGAUCUUCUUGGUCACACAGUGUGUCUGCUUGUUUUACAGAUGGGAAAGGCAAGGCCAGGAAGCCCUGUCAUCGUGUCGCUGUGACCAAGAGCUGCAGGAUCAGGGCAUCUCUGCCCUUACCAGCCUGUGUGACACGCUCGGCCGGGCCUCUGUCGCGACGCGGCUAGGCGCGAUCGAAGCUAUCCUGGGGGCUAUGAAAUGCGCUGGGUUCGGAGAAACGGAGGGUCGCAACAUCGAGCUCGGAUGCAUCAUCCUUUGCAUGUUCUGCGAUGAUGCCAAGCUUCGCCGGCACGUGCAGAAAGCGGGUGCGGUGAGCGUGGCCAAGAAGGUGAUCAACAAGGCCAGGAACCUUGACGUCCAGCGGUGGGGCUGCGAACUGCUGAGGUGCAUCACGCAGACGCAGUAG